CGUGUGCAGUCCGGAGCAUUGCAAGCAUUCACCAUGACCCACCUCGGCGUCGUCUGCAUGGCCCUGCUGCUGCUGCUGCUGCUCGUCGAGUACAGAACGACGAGCACCGCGAUAGCAGCGUCGCACUUCAUCAAUAACCUCGCAGGCCCGUUCCGACUCGUCAUCGACCACUUCGAAGCCUGUCCGGUCAGCACUGGCGAUGCCGGUCCUCUGUACAAGGAUAUAUACUGGCGUGCCUAUCACGGCCGCAAGAAUACCGACCUCCCGUACUACUGGAUCAACGUGACGACCCUCUUCACUUUCGACGACUCGUAUAAUCUUGAUAUGAACUGGGCCUCGUGGAGUUCUCGCGGCGGAUGGAAAGAGAACGCAUACGUGAUGAGGCCGGGUCCCUUCUGCAAAGUUGUUUCAUCUCAUGACCCUGAUUUCUGGCGCAGAUUAAUGAUCGCCACAUUCGACGACCCGAACCGAGACUGCCCCUUCGCUCCAGGAUACUAUGAAAUCAAGAAUAUUUCAUCUGAAUUUUCUUCUUUUAAAAAGGUUCCUGUAUUUUUCUACGGCACUUGGAGAAUCAGCACCCGUCUGGUUAAGGAAUCCACGCAGAACGCAGUGGCUUGCCUCUUAAUUUUCGUGAAAACCGUGCCUAAAUCGUAGCGAACCAUUAAACGGACGUGCUCUGACUUUAGCUUCUAACUCUUUCAUAGAAUUUCACUGGGCUCAGCCCGCGGCUCGCUCUGGGGCAUUGGCUGCAGCAACACUGAGUCCUUGGAAUGGCUUCAAGCGACGUGGUGAUGCUUGGGACAACGAAGGGGUACCUCACUCACGAAAUCGGUGUACGAGCUUCUUAAACAAACAAUUCUGAAGGGAAAAGGGAUCGCAAAUCAUCACAGCAAAAAUUAAUUCACAGGUCAAAAGAGAAAAACAGAACUAAAAAAAAUGAAAAACUAAA